AUGCAUAACGUAAAACGUGUGAGAUACUCGGCGGAGGCACUGGCCGCCCAGAGACAACGGGAAAAGGCUCGUCUCAAGGAGUUCCAAUCUCUGACCGGGGAGGUACUCGCGCGAAAGCAGCGCAAGGAUCACUCCAGGGAGGCCUUCGACCUCACCACCCGCCUACUCCAGAUCAACCCUGAGUUCUAUACCAUUUGGAACUACCGCAGACUCGUCCUUCUCAAUGGCAUCUUCGUUGAGAGCACACCGACUCAAAUCAACGAUGUUCUGUCCGACGACUUGUCCCUCACCACGACAUUGCUGAAGCAACACCCCAAAGUGUACUGCAUUUGGACUCACCGCCAAUGGUGCCUCGCCCAAGUUCCUGACGGGCCCACGGCUUCCGAUCGUAAUGGAUGGCGCCAGGCGUAUUGGAACAAGGAACUCUUUGUCGCAGAGAAGAUGCUUGAGGCUGAUCCACGAAACUUCCACGCCUGGACCUACCGUCGCUACGUCUUGGCGCAGAUGCCCGUCAAGCGUCCAGAAACCGCAGAUCUUGCUUUCACCAAGCGCAAGAUCGAGUCAAAUAUCUCCAACUUCAGUGCAUGGCACCAGCGGUCGAAGACCUUGACCUCUCUGUGGGACGCCGGCAAGCUUGACAAGGCGAGAAGCCUCGAGGAGGAGUUCGACCUUGUCCGGAAUGCCAUGUACACGGACCCCAAUGAUCAGAGUGUGUGGAUCUAUCAUCGUUGGCUAGUAGGCCCAGGCGACGACAAGGGACUUCUUGAACGGGAGGUAUCGUCAAUACAAGAGCUACUGGACAUCCAACCAGACAGCAAAUGGUGCAUGGAGUCUAUCGUAUUCUAUAAGAAACUAUUAUUGCGCAGGCAUGGGGAUAGCUUGGGAGACGACGAACGUGGGAAAUUGAACAGUGAGUGUGAGGAGCUACUUGGGUCUCUGCAGAGCGUCGACCCGGACAGACAUCAGCGUUACGUUGAUUUAUCCCGUAACCAUCACAUCGUAUGA